UUGAGUAUUUGGGGUCACCCCUAAUAUAUAUAUAUAUAUAUAUAAUUUUUUGUUUGUUGGUUUGUUUUUGUUUGUUUGUUUUUGUUUUUUGGGAGACCAAGACUAAUUCCUGUUUCAAGGAGUGCUUCUGAAGUUGAUCCAAUUGAAAAUCCAAUAUCUGUAUCUCCAUGAAGGAAGCAGUGUGAUAUAAGGAGAGAGUGUUUGGUAAUUGCACUGCUAAAUCAUCAUUUGUCUCCCUCAGACUAUUAAUGUGACCACAACAGCCACAGGAUGCGGUCUGGCCCUCGCAUGUGACACACUAGUCUCUCAGACAUUUGGCAGUAAGAACCUUAAGCGUGUGGGGGAGAUUCUCCAGAGAAGCAUUCUUAUCCUCUUACUCUUCUGCCUGCCAUGCUGGGCCAUACUCAUCAAUGCUGAGUCAAUACUACUCACCCUGAGGCAAGAGCCAGAGGUGGCCAGGUCAGACUGAUCCAGUACUAGAUUAUUAAAUCAGAACUUUUAGUAUGGUACCUAUUACCAUAUUAUGAUAUUACCAUACAAAUUAUUAUUAUUAUUAGUUUUUUCUUUAGAUAGAGGAUCAUAUUUAUGUAGUGAAAGCAGUGUGUUGUGCCAGAAGAACAGAAUAUCACUAUACGUCUUUAAAUUUUGAGAGAAUUAAAGCUUCUGAGAAAUAGGCUACAAAGAGCUGUAGGUCUGUGGAAUAAAUUUAUAAAUGUAAAUCUACAUAGGUCUGCAUAUGACCUAUAAGUUUAUAUAAUUGAGGACUGCAGUAUUAGUUGGGUAGUUUUUGCAUCACUUCAGGAUGCAUCCAAAUUAAUUUCAUGUUAGAAAAUAAAGCACAUUUAAGUACAUGAUUGUAAUACUAAAAUUACUUUUUUCUAACAAGGGAUAUAAUGGUUUUACACACGCACACACACAAAACAUUUGAUUUGUGCUUUAAUGCUUAAAAAAAAGUAAUAGGACACCAAAUUCUAUCCUAUUUAUGGAGUGUCAAUGAUCCUGCUUUUUUGGGGUACCACACUGUUCAUAGACUCUUAUGCUCCUUUUUCAGCACUGCACAGCUGUAUGUUAUGGCUUUCCUCCCUGCUGUUCCUGUCUUCUAACCAGUUCUAUCAAACCUUUACAAUUAAUCCAGAACGUGGCAGCAAGAUUAAUUUUAAAUGAGCCAAAAAGACUCCACGUCACACCUCUGUUUAUCAAUUUGCACUGGCAACCAAUAGCUACUCGCAUAAAAUUCAAGGCAUUGAUGUUUGCCUACAAAACCACCACUGGCUCUGCACCCCUUUUCCUAAAUUCAUUACUUCAGACUUGUGUGCCCUCUAGAAGCUUUCGUUCUGCAAGUGAAUAUCGCUUGAUUGUGCCAUCCCAAAGAAGCACAAAAUCACAUUUACAGACUUUUCAAUGAAAUGUUCCCUCCUGGUGGGAUGACCUUCCCAACUCAAUACGAGCAGCUAAGUCCUUAGCCAUCUUCAAGAAUCUGCUAAAAACACAUAUCUUCCAUUUUUAUUUGACCCUCUAACUCUAGAAUUCUCUAUUCUAUUUCUAUUUUUCUAUUCUGUAUUUUUUUCUUUCUACUUAUUAUAUUAUAAAAAUAAAAAAACCUUGCUAUGUGUACUUUGUAAAGCUAACUGAGACUUGUUAUAGAACUUGUAUAUCUUUGCUUUGCUUUCUUUAUUUUUUUCUCUCUUUUUUAAUUUUUUUGAUUGUCCUCGCUUUGAAUAAAAGCAUCUGCUAAAUGACUAAAUGUAAAUGUAAUAUGCAUUUUGUCUACACUUGUGCUGCUCACACUUCAGGACAAUUUUUUGGUCAUUAACCAAAAUGUUUCCUGUCGAAUUCUUUAUUAUGUUCAAGACGUACAUUUUAAACAGCCUAGCCACACAUACAGUCACUGUCACAAGCUUCCCUAAUGCUGACAGUACUGAUGACUUUUACUGUCCAUUCUUCAAUUUCCUAGGCCAUGUUUCUGCACCAUCUGCAGGUGUCUUAUCUGCAAAACCAGGGCAUCAUCCUGCCACAGCUGUACACAGCAGUUGCUGCCAAUGUUUUAAAUGUAGCAACAAACUACAUCCUUCUUCACUCAAUGAAACUGGGAGUGAUGGGUUCUGCUGCAGCCAACAGUGUUUCACAGAUCUCCAUCUGCCUCUUGCUGUUUGCUUACAUACGCUGGAAAAAGCUGCAUUUGAACACCUGGGGUGGCUGGUCUACUGCAGCACUGCAGGAGUGGGGCUCUUACAUGAAACUGGCUAUUCCCAGCACUCUCAUGCUCUGUUUUGAGUGGUGGGUCUAUGAUAUUGGAGGUUUCCUUGCAGGAAUGAUGGGGGAGGUGGAUCUUGCUGCUCAACAUGUGUUGCUGGAGCUGGGGGCCAUUACUUACAUGUUUCCAUUAGGUGUGCACGCGGCCGCUUGUGUGCGUGUGGGAAAUGCGCUGGGAGCUGGAGACACUAACAGGGCCCUGAUCACAAGUAAAGUUACUCUUAUGAUCUCAGGAGUUUUGGCUAUUUUACAGGGAAUCGUGAUGGGUUCCUCAAAGUCAGUAGUGGGAUACAUCUUCACUUCUGAUGAGAGCAUAGUGAAAAUUGUCUCGGAAAUUCUCACCCUGUACGUUUUCCUGCAGUUUUUUGAUGCUCUCGUGUGUGUGUGUUCAGGGAUUCUUCUGGGUGCUGGGAAGCAGAAGAUAGCAGCAUUGUCCAACUUGAUCUGUUACUACUGCAUUGGGUUACCAGUAGGAAUAUCACUGAUGUUUCUGGCCAAGCUCAGGAUACUUGGUCUGUGGCUUGGCCUCUUGAUUUGUGUCAUUAUUCAGACCUGUUUCUUCAUCACUCUCAUCUUCAAGCUCAACUGGAAGAGAGUUACUGAGAAGGCUCAGAAACGUGCAGGGAAACAUGCAAAGGUAGUGUCUGUUCAAAAGGCACCAUCGAUAGGACAGUCAGUCCUUGAUACGCUUGUUUCUGAAAGGCAGGAGAACGAUGAGCAAGAACCUGAUACUGGAGCAUCAGCAAGUAUCUCUGAACCUUGGGAUGACAUAACUGGAAACAAAUCCCAGCUAACAAGUAAUAGUCCUGAAGUGGCCGGCUUUGUCCAAGUGAGCACCCAAGAUCAGAGUAAACUAGUGAUGGCGAGUGAAAAUGGAGAAACCCAACCUAAAGUCUUGCUCUCUACGAACCAGCUUGUGCUCAGACGAGGACUUACGCUGUUGACCACUGUUCUGAUCCUGAUAGCUGGAGUCGCUGUGCACGUAGCUUGUCCUAUUCCAAAGUCUUUAGGUACUCAUCAAAGCAAUUUAACAAUUGAUUCAAGAAAUGUUUCCACUUCUAACAUCUUCCUCAACACCACAUUGAGCUAACUCUUACGUGAUCCAUCUUAACAUGUUCCCAAUUCUUCAGUGUUAUUUAAGAAAAAAAUAAAUAAUGCAUCUCUGCCAGCUUUUUCAACCUACCACUAAUAACAGUUGAAGGGUUAUGAAAGAGCACUUCUCUCGACGUACAUUAUUCAGUACCAUGGACUUCUUCAAAUCUGGGACACACUCCAAACCCAGCUGUGAAGUCCAAAAUACAGCUAUGUGAGCCCUUGAUGCCUUCAGUGUGACUCUACAAUUUUCAUAGUCAUGAAAAUAAAGAAAACUCUUUGAAUGAGAAA